CUUACCUCUCCUAUCGUCUGUUCAAAUAAAACCAUUUAGAACAAAGGGAAAGAAACGCCGUGUGGUCCGGAGAGGCUGGCGAACGGAGAAGACGAGUCCAGGUGGCGAUUUUUGGGCACCAGGAUGGAAGAUGCAGGAGCACACCUGGAUGUGCCGUGAAACUCCAGAGAGCCGGGCUCAGGCUCCGGGCCCCCAAACCCCGUCUCCCUGCCCCCAUGGAUUUCUGCUGCGUCCAUGCAAGCCUUGACCUGAUGAGUUUAUGUCAACAACCUUUCCUGACAGUGCAGAAUUAUCGCUGUUUGCCCACCGCAUAUCCCGGCUCGCGGCUGCAGUCUCUGCCAGACUCUGUUGAAUCUUGACGCUCUCCGGAGAAAUGAACCCCAUCUGGCCUUGUCUGGUCCUCCUGGUGGUCUCAGGACCCUCUCGGGCGGCCGGGGAGCGGCUGCAGGACAUCUUGGGGGUCCACGUUCCCAAGUACGGCCAGUGCUUCCAGUCCGUCUCUGGAGAGGCAGGUGCUUUGAACGUUGGGCAGAGAUGGGGAGACCCCUCCCCGACAGCCACAUUGGUCAUUGAUCCACGUACGGUGACAAGUGCCACCUCCUAUUUCGACUUCCGCACCUUCGACCCGGAAGGCGUGAUCUUCUACGGGGACAUGAGCCCCGGAGUCAACUGGUUCCUCCUGGCUCUGCGCAACGGGAAGCCCGAAAUCCAGAUCCACAACACCUUGACGAACGUCACCGUUUCCGGGGGGCGGCGCCUCGACGACGGCCAGUGGCAUCGGAUCAUGGCGAAGAACGAGGGGCACACGGUCCUGCUGGCGGUGGACGGCGUUGACCAGCUGACCCUCAACCACGUCUCCGAAGCCAUUGUGGAGGCCCCUGUCUUCGCCCUGCGCAUUGGCGUCGGGGGCUUGCUGAUCCCCAUGGAGGAGCUCCUUGUCCCACUCAACCCGGCCAUGGAUGGCUGCAUGAGGCGAUGGAAUUGGCUGAACAAAAGCACCGAAUGGCUGGAAGGGACGUCUCUGGAGGACAAAGACACCAAGGUCUGCUUCCCCACCAUCCGCAGGGGGAGUUUCUUCCCGGGGAACGGACUGGCCACCUUCUCCCUAUCAGGCCUCCCUACCGGAGUCAUCUCUGCCAACCGGAGCUGGUCCCUGACUGUGGAGAUGUGGAUCGGGGCCGCACCGCAGUCAGCGCCCCUGCUGGCUGCUUCCGCUUUCCCCCUGCGCUUGAGCCUGCAUCGCACGGAUCUGAUGGCUCACCUGGGGAACAAGACGGUCCUUCAGGUGCCCUUCCCCCUGGGGGGCUGCCUGGACGCCCCCCUGCUCCUGAGCAUCACCCCGUCCCACGCCACUCUCCGCCUGGGCGACACGGAGACCUCGAAGCCCACCCCAAAACUGGAUUUCGAAAGCCUGAAGCACAUCUGGCUGGGGAAAAAGGGGGACUUCGUCGUUGGGGGGCUGCCUGGACAGGAAAAAUUCCCGGCGGCCCAGGAGAGGAGUUUCUUCCGGGGCUGCCUGCGUGGGAUCCGGGUUCAAGGCCACGAGCUGGACUUUGACGAGGUGCAAUCCAGGAGCAACACUAUCUGGCCCCACAGCUGCCCCGGAGCCGACGUAGGGCAGGCCAAGGCGGACCAAGAGGAUUAGGGAGUACGGCGGCGCAUCUUUUCCCGAGAAGCCGCCAUCCUUUUCCCAAGCAAAAGCACACACACCCAUCUCCUGCCCCCCCCCCAGCUCACUAAUCCCCCUUUGCACAUUUAACGCACAACGAGGUCGCUCUCAACAUUCACAGCUUCUCCCCCAAGGGAUCCUGGGAAAUGUAGUUCGCCACGGGUGCCAAAAACAGGAGAGACAGGAUGCUGGUGCGACCUGUCCAGCCCAGCUUCCUGUUUUCAUGGCGAGCAGGAUCCGAGUGCGAGAGUCGCUAUCCCAGCUGUGGGGGCAGUGCAUAGCCAUUGUGGCAAGGAGCCUUUGACAGCUCUCUCCUCCAUGAGGGUUGUAAGGCCGUCUGUCAUGGGUGCUUUAGCUGGGAAUCCCGCAUUGCAGGGGGUUGGUUUGGAUGACCUCCGGGGUCCCUUCCGACUCUACGGCUCUGUGAUUCCAAGGAGACCCUGUACCCUUCAGCAACUUACAAUUCCCAUAGCUGGUGGUUAAACUACUCUGCGAAUGGUUCCUCCAUGAACAGAGGACUCUCCUCUU